GCAGAAGAAGAACAUGUUCAGACCGGAAGUGGGCAUUCAACGUCAUGUGGCGUUAUUGACAAAACUUUAGCUCUGUAUUUUAAUCGUAUUUGUUUGUUUGGGAGGGAAUUUCACGACCGACGCAAAUAUGUCCGACAACGAGGACAAUUUUGAUGAUGGAGAUUUUGAUGAUGCUGAAGAGGAUGAAGGACUGGACGACCUGGAAAAUGUGGAAGAUGAGGACCAGGAGAAUGUCCAAAUCCUUCCAGCGGGAGAGGGUCAGCAGGCCAACCAGAAGAGAAUCACCACUCCAUACAUGACCAAGUACGAAAGAGCCAGAGUGCUCGGGACCAGGGCGUUACAGAUAGCGAUGUGUGCCCCGGUGAUGGUGGAGCUGGAGGGAGAAACUGAUCCUCUGCAAAUCGCCAUGAAAGAACUUAAGAGCAGGAAGAUUCCAAUCAUCAUUCGCAGGUAUCUCCCCGAUGGCAGUUAUGAAGACUGGGGAUGUGAUGAACUCAUUAUAACAGACUGAGACGUCAGAACAACGUUUUUGUGACUUCAAAUACUCCAUGUACUUGCUGUUACCUCUUGGCAGGUACAUGGCACUGAUGGAUCGUUCUUAAAGCUGCUCAUUACGUACAAAAACAUCAAACAUCCACGUGUCUAUCGGACGUGUUACUGCAUAGAGUGAAUUUUACAGAAUUCAAGAUUCCAAAAUGGUGGGAUGAGAAAUGUUUUUUACUCUUACCUUGUGUGAAGACUGAAUAUUGUUUAAUUGUUUACGUGGGGAUGUGAUCAUUUGAAGUAGGCUCCGUUGUCCUGCUUGUAUAGCGCAGUAUAAAGAAAAAAUAAUAUUUAAAUGGAAAUAAUUUUGUAACAUAACAUUGGCUUGAUUUAAAGAAACGUCCUAAAUCAAGAGAAUGUGCUAAGGUGGAGAUUUUGGGACGAGGUUUGUGUCAUCAGCUCAUUCCAUCCUGGACACUUUGAGUUUCCCACCUGUAGAACCACCCAUAGCCACAAGGGGGCAAUAGUACACAGUUUCAUGUUAUUUUUAUGUUAUGAAAAUAAACUUUUUUAAUGAAUAAUUAAGGAUUAAUAGCAUGUAAUUAAUCAUGAAUACCUUGUUCCUUUGGCUGUUCUCAUAAAGACUAAAUGCUGCCGUCUUGAGUUUGUGUUGAUGCUGUUAAUAGAACUCGUCUUUAUGAGUUUUGAUGUUCCUCUCGCCCUGAUGCACAUCACGCCCAAACAGUUGAGGUAUUGUUUAGAAACUGGGUUGCUCUUCAGGCGGCAGGACGACAGUAACAUCGGACUUCUGCCAUUUGUAAUAUCUAAGUGUAAAUUUGGUUUUAAUUAAAUGAAGUCAGAAAAUGCUGAAUGAUCAUUUUCAAAAUGUGUUCAGACAAAUUGAGUAUUGUGUGUUUGUAGUUCGUUACUGCAGCUUGUGUUUGAAUCACAGAAUGGGAGUGAGCUUUAUUUUUAGUGUGCUUUAAAUAUCCAGUUGAGUCCAGAAGUGCUUUAAUGAGUCCUUUGAUACAGGAGACAGCGCCGCGGGCCCCUUCAGAGGAGACCAUGUGACUCUCAGCAGCACAAGCCUCAGCCUGGAUGCUCUCAGGUCGUCACUACUUCUACUUCAAAAAUACACCGCCUGGCCCAAAAAAAAACAUCGCCACCUGGAUUUAACUAAGCAAAUAUGUCCUCUCCUCCAGCAGCUGGUCAGG